GCUUGAGAUAAGUGGACGUCUUCAGUUUCUGGUCGGUCAAUCCCGCAGUCUUCAGCUUGCCGCGGCCGAAGCCAGUGCAGCAGCUGCUGCUGCUGCUUCUGCUGCCGGCGGCGGCUCGAACCGUUAUUCGGGUGGUCUCGAGGCGUCACGUGGCUUGUGUCCUGGGCCACCCGGAGCCUCGCCCAGCGAGACGGGAUCCGACCGCCAGACCGGCCACCGGCACAUGACGUCAGGAGGUGGCGCCUCGACAUCUGCCGUUGCCAGCACCGCCCCAGCAACGCCUUCUGCCCGGCCCACAUGCAGCGGUGCCUCCUGCUCCACUUCAGCCGGACUCGGACAUGUCCGACCUGUCGGCGGUCGGGCCGGCUCAACAACCGCCACAUCCACAACAGCAGCCCCGACCGGUGGCUACGUCGGUGAUGCAUGCUCCGGCCUCCUGUUGCCACCCCUCGGGCUCUUCGCCAUCUGUAGCCCCCUGGGGCCUCUGCCUAGUUUGGACUCGGCGCAACGCGACAUGACCUUCAAAACGAAGCACAGACUUGACUUGUCUCUCGUCAGCAUGGACAGCAGGUACGGCCAUGCCUCCGUCAUCGACAAGUUUGGACGGCAUAGCAACCAAUUCAUUUGGUCUCAUACCAGUUCGUCUAUGCCCUUGCUUGGUUAA